GUGCAUUGAUAGUAGAUAGUGGAACCUAGUCUACAUUUAAUGUGAUAAUUCUAUUUGCAUCUCAAUCUAUAGAUAGCAUAGAACUUAACCUAAAUAGCGGAUUACUGACUCUGCAUGACAAAGAACUCGCUUUCAGAGCAUUCUCUUGCCCAGUAGAAGAUGCAUUUUGGUGUGCAGUUUCCUUUCAAAUUCAAACAGGCAUCUGGCUCUCUCUGCCUCAUGCUGUCGUAAUCUCUUCAGACUUCAGCCGGUUGGGUUGGGCUCUCUUUCGAGAUAGCGGGGGAGAGCCAGAGAUAGCCAGUGAUAGCCAGUGAAGUGCUGGACUAUGGCUUAGUCGCAGUCAGUUUGCAAUUGUGUGCACAAUGCUCGUGUUUGGGCUGUUCCUGGUGGCGCUUGCCACCGUUCUGGUGUGGGACUAUUUGUGGCGCAAGCGGCGCAAUGAUAUGCUCCACUAUAUGCCGGGUCCGCGGGGCCUGCCGCUGGUGGGCAAUGUCCUCAUGUACCGCGGCCUCGAUGCCGAGCAGAUCAUGGGCUUUGUGUGCAAGAACCGGAACAAGUACGGGCCACUCUACAAGGUGUGGGUGCUCAACCAGCUGGCCGUCUUCUCCACGGACCCGCGCGACAUCGAGUUCAUCCUCAGCAGCCAGCAGCACAUCACCAAGAACAAUCUGUACGAGCUGCUCCACUGCUGGCUCGGCACGGGCCUCCUAAUGAGCACCGGCAAGAAGUGGCAUGCCCGCCGCAAGAUCAUCACGCCCACCUUCCACUUCAAGAUCCUCGAGCAGUUCGUCGAGAUCUUCGACCAGCAGAGCGCCGUCAUGGUGCAGCAACUGCAGCAGCGGGCUGAUGGGAAAACAGCCAUUAACAUUUUCCCAGCUGUCUGCCUCCUGGCGCUGGACAUCAUAGCAGAAACCGCCAUGGGCACCAGGAUCCAGGCACAGAUGAGUCCCAAUCUGCCCUAUGUCCAGGCCGUCACGGAGGUGACCAACAUCAUGACCACCAGAUUCAUCCAUGCCUGGCAGCGCAUCGAUUGGCUCUUCCGCCUGGUUAAGCCGGGCAUGGCCCGGCAGCAGGAUAGCGCCAUUAAGGUGAUGCACGACUUCACCGAGGGCAUCAUUAAGCAGCGUCGCGAGGCUCUGGUCAGUGGCGGGCAGAAGGAGGAGGACGUGGAGGAGACGGAUGACCUGGGACAGAAGCGGCGCAUGGCCCUGCUGGAUGUGCUCCUGCAGUCGACCAUCGAUGGGGCGUCACUGAGCAACGACGACAUCCGCGAGGAGGUGGACACGUUCAUGUUCGAGGGCCACGACACCACCACCUCGGCCAUCUCCUUCUGCCUGUACGAGAUCUCUCGCCAUCCACAGGUGCAGCAGCGGCUGGUGGAGGAGAUCCACGAGGUGCUGGGCGUGGACCGCCAGCGUCCGGUCACCCUGCGCGAUCUGGGCGAGCUCAAGUAUCUGGAGAACGUGAUCAAGGAGUCGCUGCGCCUGCAUCCUCCCGUGCCCAUGAUCGGCCGCUGGUUCAACGAAGAUGUGGAGAUACGUGGAAAGCGCAUUCCGGCUGGCACCAACUACACCGUCGGCAUCUUUGUCCUGCUCCGCGAUCCCGAAUACUUCGAGUCCCCCGACGAGUUCAAGCCGGAGCGCUUCGACAGCCCCUCGCCGCAGACGCAUCCCUACGCCUACAUUCCCUUCUCUGCGGGUCCGCGCAACUGCAUUGGCCAGAAGUUCGCCCUGCUGGAGAUGAAGAGCACCAUCAGCAAGCUGCUGCGCCACUUUGCGCUGCUGCCCCUCGGUCCCGAGCCGCGGCCGGCCAUGAACAUUGUCAUGCGCUCGGCCAACGGGGUGCACCUGGGCCUCCAGCCCCGUCCAGUUAUCGCCAGUUGAUUGGCGCUCCCAGCUCCCGGCUCCCAGCUCUCGGCUCCCAGCUGUGGUGGACUCAAGAAUAUUUGUUAAUCGAAUUUAAGCUCUGAUAAUUGGUUGUGGUAAUUGUAAUUGGCUUUCCAACUUGUUUCGCUUUCUGCUUAAUGGCCAACAGCUGGCGAGCCGCCAUCAGCUGUUUUCGCUUGCUGCUCUCUCCCUCUCUCUCUCUCUCUUUCCCCCUGCUAGGGGCGGACUUUUCGAACGAACCCUUUGGCUUAUAUAAUUAAAUUAUAAUCAAUCCCCCGCAGAAACGAUGCAAAUAAAAAGUGUUCGGACAUCGG